AUGGACAUCCAAGGGAAAGUUGGCAGCGCCGAAGAAUACGAGGCCGCUCGAUCUCGUCUCCUUGAGAAGGAGAAAGCGGCGACUCGCCUACUACAGGAGAUAGCGGGUCUGCGACGUGAACUGCCCAUAGUGCGCAUCCGCGACCCAGGUCGGUUCCAAUUCGACACGCCUAGCGGCGUAAAGAGCCUGUUGGAUCUAUUCGAAGGGCGCAAGCAGCUCAUACUCUAUCAUUUUAUGUUGGGGCCGCAGGAGACUCAGGGCUGCGUGGGUUGCUCGUUCUGUAUGGACCAUAUCCCUGACCUUCGUCACCUGUGGAGUAGGGAUACUACUUUCGCCGCGGUGGCUACCGCGCCCUUGUCUGAAGUGACCGCGUACGGGAAUCGGAUGGGCUGGAAGUUUCCUUUCUAUAGCUCUGCAAGGAUGCAUAAGACGUGGGCUGAAGCCGAGGCAGAGGGAGAAACCAUCACCUGGAAACCCCGCAACGGCUACUUUGGUCUAUGCUCGUUUUUCCGGGACGGAGACGAGGUUUUUCACACCUAUGAGACCUCGUCUCGUGGCGUGGAGAUCCUACUAUCCACUUAUCACCUGUUGGAUAUGACCUUGUUAGGUCGGCAGGAGGCAGGAAAUGGAAUGAACAACUUCCGCCGUCAUGAUGAAUACUAA